CCGAGAUAAGGCUACAGUAGCUGUAACUGUAGAUCUAUAUUUUAUGACGGGCUGUGUAAAUCCACACAUUUUCAAAGAAAAAAAAGAAAUUCCUUAUCUCAACAGGUAACGUUACUGCAGAUCACAGGUGUCCUCCAAGCUUGGAUGCUAGACGGCAGGAUGCACUUCUGCCCACCUGUCAGUCGAGACAGGGUUAUCUGUGACUUCCCAAAGUGCUAUAACCAAAAAGCAUGUCUACAGAGGAAAGACGACUGGAACAGCCAGGCAAAGAUGGCAUGCAAGGAGAGGGCAGAGCGACAGCAGGCGUGGGACAGGCUGAUGAUGUCCAAAGCUGUGGUGGUUGGAGACUUGAACGUGGGCAAGACGUGUCUAAUUAACAGGUUUUGUAAGAAUGUGUUUGACAGGGAUUAUAAAGCCACUAUUGGAGUGGAUUUUGAGAUCGAGAGAUUUGAGCUCUCUGGGGUCCCCUUCUCUCUUCAGAUCUGGGACACUGCGGGUCAAGAGAAAUUUAAGUGCAUCGCUUCAGCCUACUACAGAGGAGCUCACGUAAUCAUCACAGUCUUUGACAUGUCGGACAUCAGAACUUUGGAACACACUCGGCAGUGGCUGAUGGAAGCUCUGCGGGAGAAUGAGCCCAAUGCCUGCUCUGUGUUCCUGCUGGGGACCAAGAGUGACCUGAUGUCUCCAGAGAUGCGGGCCAGUUUAGAGAGAGAUGCUGUCAAAUUGGCAUCAGAGUUGCAGGCGGAGUUCUGGAUGGUCUCAUCCAAAACAGGAGAGAACGUGAAUGAGUUCUUCUUCCGUGUGGCGGCGAUAGCCUUUGAGGACGCCAUCCUGAGGGAUCUGGAAGGAUCCACCACACAGAGGAUUGGCCAGGGAGACAUCAUCAGGGCGUCGCUGGAGGACACGCCGAACAAGGAAGUGAAAAAGACAUGCUGCUGAAGCCACAAACCCCACUCCCCAGGACGGAGGGAGAGAAGACACAGCUGCAGACGAGAAGAGAAAGGGAACGAUCCGAGAGGAGGAGAAGAGACCGAACUGCGAAAGCUCCAAAGCUGCAGUGUUCUUGUCAGCAGUGUUCUUGAGAAAGCUCUCUCAGAUCAGCGAGCUGCUCCCCCCCUCUUUGAGGGAGGGUUGGCCUGGACUCGAGCAUACAGUACACUCACUGCAGUGUUCUUCUCAUCCCCUUCUGUUGUUCCUUCAGGCAGAAGAGCAGAGUUUACAUCUCGAUUUACAGUAGUCAUAUGCUGUUUUCCCCUUCAUUUGACAGACACUUUAAGCGAAAGUGGCAUAGAGUAUAUUAUAAACUUGUAGUGAGGUUGUACUGCAUAAAGUACUUUUAAUUUAGGCCCAAAUUGAUGAAACAUGUACUUUUACUGUGCUGUGCUAGUAAGUUGCUUUGGGUAAAAGUGUCUGUCGAACAUCUCAGGUGAGAAAAUGUUUCAAAACUGAGUUUGGACUGAUGGUCCGUGCUGACUGAUAGCCCAGGAGAUUAUUAUGAUCUACGGCUAAAGGCGCUCCACUUCACUGGGUAUUGCUCUGCCCAUUUGAAUGAUUUAUGAGAGAGAAUAUAUCAUCUCUGUCACUGCUUCUGUACGAUACAGUAUAUGCAAUGAAUGUUGUUCAUGAAAUAUGUAUACACGUGGCGGUGCCAACCAUGGGAGUUCCUUAAUGUAGUUUUAUUAGAUCAGUAUUGCAUUGCCCUGUAGCAUAAAGCGUACAAUAUAAUGUAAAAUUAUACGGUAUUGGUACGCUCUAACACCAGUGAUCACCGAAGUAUGAUGAAAUAUUUUGUCUGGUAGUUUAGUAUGAUUUGAUUUUUGUAACAUUUCUCUUUGUUCUUAUUUCUGUUUUCAUUAUGUGUUUUGAUUUUGGACUUUUGUUUUCUUCUAUGGAAUUUCUAGACAAUUAAAGACAGAUACAACAACCACUACUGAUUAGGCUGUUUUGCUGUAUUAGGUUUUUACUGAGAAGAAUUAUGUGGAA